AUGCAGGUCGUACGGCACAUCAAAGCUACUGCAAUUGCCUUGUUUCUGUCGAAUUGGAGAUCGAUUUUCUGGACGCUGCGAUCGUUGAAGCAGCAACACUAUGCCGCCUUGAUCAUCGUUGUCAUUGCUUCGCAAACAGCUUGGCUCCUGCUUCACAAUAACUCUCAAAAGCAAGAGGGACGGGUGAGGGCUAAUACUGGCUCCGUGCAAGACUCCCUACUCUCACCGAGGAUCUUCGAGUGUCGAACAACCCACACUCGCCUAUUUCCCAAGAAACACUCAUUCGCUUACUCGUAUCUUCUGGUCGGGGUCCCUAUAGGCUGGCGAGGCACCCUUGCGCAUAUCAUCUCAUCAGACAUUCCCGUCUCAAAGAGCUCAGCUGCUUCAUUUAAAGCAUGGUUUUCUGUUCAAGCGGAAGACUACCUUGGGCGGGGUGGCCAUAGUGACGGAUUGGCGGGGAAGUUGAGAGACUAUCUGACAACGCAGAAUGUUUCAAUAGAUGACUAUCCUUAUGCUUACUUGGUUACUGCUCCACGGUUUCUGGGGUUCUCGUUCAAUCCUGUAUCCUUCUGGUAUCUGUACGAUGCGAACAAAGGGUUAGCAGCCAUGAUCCUAGAGGUCAACAACACAUUUGACGAAAGGCGAAUGUACUUCUUGCCUAGGCACGAUUUGGCGGAUGCUCAGACAUCGACCCGUUUUGUGCAACAAUGGGGCAAGGAUUUCCAUGUGUCUCCAUUCAAUGAUCGUGAAGGUUCGUACAGCCUUUCUGCCGUUGACCCCUUUGAAAGUCACCAUCAGAUCGACAACAAUAUUGUACUCAGCUCUGAGGAUGGCAAGCCGAAGGUCAUCGCCCGUGUCUACUCCACAAAGCCUGGGCUCAUCCCCGCAAGUAUGUCAGCGUUUGAUACCAUUUCGUUCCUUGCUCGCUGGGGGUGGGUCGGCUUCAUGACCAAUCCUCGAAUCUUACGGGAAGCACGCGUUUUAUGGGCCAAGGGUCUGCAGGUUUUCUAUCGUCCAGAGGUCAUGAAAACGAGCAUUAGCCGAAAUCCGAGUAUAGAGGAGACCUCCAUUGAGCCUGUAUUUGAUGUCUGGCUUCAACGACUUUCCGCUCAAUCGGGCACCACGAUCGAAUAUACAUCAGGGGUCAAAAACAACCCAAUAAAAACGAUCUGCCCAGAAAACGAAGACUUCAUGAAGCGCUUUGCAGCGCAACCCGAAGCUAUCGAGAUCAAGAUCCUCACACCAGCCUUCUACUCCGAACUAGCUAGGGAUCCAGACCUACAGCAGAUUUUCGAGCGACUUUGUUUUAAUGCCGGGCCAGGCGAGGCUAUGGCGUAUGUUUCCAACCCAGAACAAUUUCAUCGGCUUUUGAAGAUCUCUGAGUACAAUACUCUACGCACGGCGGUCAGCUUUGGCGCUUGCAUUAUGCAGACCCUUCGGUCAGGCACAUGUAGUUUCCUCGUGACAUGGCUUCAAGGUAAGCGCGGGCUUACCUCUGUACAUCCAGGUGCCUCGACAAUCAAACAAUGUUCAAGCCUCGACGAGUACAUCGAAACUAUGCCCGAUCCACAGCAAGUCAUCGACUAUGAGAAAGCGUGCCUCAAGAUCUUACUCGCAGACAGAUUUGCAUUGGGCUUCACCCCACUCCUGAAGUUCUACAUGCAAUUUGCUUGGCUGGUCUCCUUCUUGCUUGCGAUAUCUCAUGUCAAUCAAUGGUUGCAUGGAAGUCGAGGAUACGAAAUUCGUGAUAUAUUUAGCUUCGGAAUAAAAACUCUUGCAAUGCUGGUAAUGGGAUAG